CUCUCUCUCUCUCUCUCUCUCUCCGCCCCUCACCCUCUCCACCUCUCGCAAGCCCCAACCCUAACGGAACCCUCCCCUGGCCAAGCUCGUGCGGGGGAAGCGGUCCUCGCGGCGGGCGUCGCCGCGGCGGGGGUGUCAGAUCCGGCCCCGGUGCUGCGCUGCCGGGGUCUUUCGGCGACGGUGCGGUCGCGGAUGUUGGUCGGGCGGAUCGGGGCCCGGCGUUCGCCUGAUUUGAGCUAGGUAGCGUGGGGUUGCAAGGUUUGUGUCACAUGAAUUAACUCACAGCAGUCAGGUGAUCAAAAUGGUAGCAUAUUGAUUCCUUUUAUUGAAGCAAUAUGGGAGCUAAUUGCUGCAUAGCUACAAAGGAGAGGACACAGCCAUGUGUGGCUCCAGUAGAAGUUUCAGCAUACAGGAAUGUAAGACACUCGCCAUCAUGGAGCUUCCGAUGGGACAACCGCACACACAUAGAAGACAUAAUGGAACUUCCUACGCUGUUUUCCAACCAUAGUAGUGGAAGCAUUCGUCCUGAAACAAAGAGUGGUUCCAUUGCACCAACUGAAGGCCUUUCUAAUGGAAAUAGCCCUUCUGAUGUGUUUCAUAGGGCAAAGUGGCACAAAUCUGACAAGAAAGUGGAAACAUCUAAGGUUACAAAAGCUGAUCCUCAAGCUGAUCGUUCCAGAGCAAGUAAUUCUUCCCCUGAGGCAAAGCUUUCCAGGAAAUCAUUGGACAUGUUAAGUGUUGCUUCAUAUUCAAAGACAUCAAUAUCUGUUCCUUCAACGCCACCCUUAGUAUCCAGAGCAGAUGCUUCAUCCUCCAGGGGUCAUUCUCAACCAACUGACUCAGAUUCAAUGAAUAAAGCACGACGAUCACCAGGGUAUCAAUUGUAUAGACAGGUCUCGGACAGCAAAAUUCCAUCUCUCAGAUAUCUCAAUGAGAUCAGCUCUCCUGAGGGAAGGCCAUCAUCAUCCAUGCUCUCAGUCUGCAGCAAUGAUUUGUCGGCUGGAGGAUCCCAUGGUGAGUCAUCUGAUGGUUGGUCAAUGCGCACAUUUUCUGAAAUGGUUGCGACAUCCCAAAGAGAGAGGUGGUCAGUAGACAGUGAGCUCUUAGGUUCCAUUUCCAGUAAAAUGACAAGAUCAAAUGUUUCAAAUCCUAGUACCCUGCCCCCUGACCAAGAGGUGUGCAAGCUAUGUUUAAAGCUGUUGAAGGAAAGGUCUACAUGGAAUGCUCAGGAGCUGGCUGUUGUUGCUGUUUUAUUGUGUGGCCAUGUUUACCAUGCUGACUGUUUGGAUAGCAUAACUACAGAAGAUGACAAAUAUGAUCCUCCGUGCCCUGUAUGCACGCAUGGUGAGAAAUGUACAGUGAAGCUAUUCGGGAAGCUGGAAUCAAAUAUUAAGAACAAGUCAAAAAAUGUGGUAGUUGAUAUUGAUCUAGAUGGGAACAUUAAGCACCAGAAGAAAAGCAGAAGAGAGCCCAGGUUAGGUACAAGUUCCAGCAUGAAGGUCCCAUUUAGUCGGCCAUUUUUGAGGAGGCAUUUCUCAAUUGGUUCGCGGCCACCGCAGUUGGCCUCAGAGAGUGAGUCCGCAAGAAAGAAGGGCUUCUGGACGAGGCACUGGAGAGAGUAGACUAGCUCCCGAUCAUCAUAAGGAAGGAUCUUUAAGAGGGAGGCAAACUCCCUAGAAUGCAAGCAAGGUGAUGGAUCCUCCGUUCGAUGUCAAACUGGUACCAGGGCUGUCGAACAACCACCAUAUUGGAAUUGGAAGUUCCUCGCUGCGACGCUGCCAUCAUAUUCAGAAAGGCAGGCACCGCCCUGUGCUAUCACGGGAUAAUAUAAUAACGUUUCUUAUACCAUGCGACACAGGGCUGUUUGGACACCCAAGUUGCAGUUUUUAGUUAGUGUCAUCUAGUCUAACAGACAAUGGUAUGGCCUUAAGGAUGUAAGGCUCUAUGCCGGGUUGCAAGGUUAUAGCCCAGCAUGCUAGAUUAUUUAUUGUAUCCGCAGUCGUUCUAUAUGAUUGGUUAUGGCACCCUUUAUUGUUUGA